CGAACGGUUCUUUCAGCUGCAGCACAAAACACCAACUUUAGUUUCGGUUGCAAGCACGCUUUGAGACUAUAGGGAAACGGGUACCAACUAAAAGAUGGCACACGACAAAGCCUUGUUUUGUUUGACUUUGGUGUUGUCUGUGGUCUUGACCUCACCUCCGAAAACCCUCGACUCAAUACAACAACUCCAGGACAGCGGGUUUGGUCAGCCGCCUCCUCGCCAUGGCCUUAAGCUGCUGGUGUGGUACGUUCAGAACUGCUUGGACAACAACAUGAGGGCUCUGUGUGAUCCCUACCGGGGAGAAUAUGGGUUUCACUUCUUUCAGAACAAAGGGCCAGUUCUUCCUGUGAUAAAAGACAGACAGCAGUGGAGCUAUUAUACCAUUGGAAACCUCCACUAUCCUGGCGCAGAGAAGCUGCCGUAUGAAGUCAGAAGAUACUACAACCGCAGCAAUCCUAAAAGUAACAUGGACAGAGUUUUGGUGAAAUAUAACAAGAACAACAAACGAAUCGACGAGCUUUAUGCAUCCGCGCAUUAUGAGCCAAAAGAGACGUACAGGAUUGGGCCCAAUCUUCUUGCAUCUCUUCGAAAGAAAAUCACCUUCGUUAGCACAGACGUGUAGGAGACCUCUGAUCCUAAAUCAGUACAGUAUGUAACAGCUUUGAGAAUUUUGUGAAUC